AUGAGGCCAAAACGUCGAGCUCUAAGACUGGACGCCGAAGUCCAACUCACCGGCCUGGGAGCACUAGGCAUCGUCGAAGGCACCGAGCCUGUGCCCGAAGUCCCCUCCACAUCACGAGCAGCCGAACUCACAAAUUAUAGCCAGAACGCUAAAGACUACCGACAAGCUCGAGAAAAGGCGAUACAAUGGAUCUGGAAUCAUAUCCACAGCGACUUUCACAGCAUCGUUGCAGCUGUCCGUCGAGACCCGCGAGCCAUGUGGCUCGAAUUGGAACGUCGACUAGGAGGACGAAACAACUACAAUAUCUGGGCUGUACGGCAACAACUUGGGAGUGAAUCCUUCAAAGAAAACGAUACCAUUCAAACUUGGUCCGCUCGUCUCGAUACCUACAAUCAACGCCUGAUCGGAACCGGAUCUGAGCUCUCCGAACUAGAGAGAAUCGCCAAAUUGCUCAGUACACUUCCCAAACGCUUCGAAAUCACAGUCUCUCACAUUCAACGAAUCCCCAACCUCGACUACCAGACUGCUUUACAGCAACUACUCGACUUUGAAAAUCAACUACCGGUCGGCGCCGCAAAUGGAUCUGGAAUGGCACUGAUCACUGAAAACCGACCCCGAAGACCAUUCCAAUUACGACGAGGAAGAGGCAGUCGAUAUAGACCAUCUGAACCAUACCGUCGAGAACAUAGAGUCGAAAAUCCUCGGCCGACAGUAUACUGCUACCACUGUGGACGAAGAGGUCACACUAAGUCAAAGUGCUGGGAACUUCAACGUCGUGAAGAGGAAGACAAGCAAAACCAAGCACGACUAUCUCGAAUACCUCGCGGCACAAAUUACACGGCAGAGGAUGCUGCGACCUCAUCUACAAAUCCAACUCAACAACCAUCCCGAUCCGAUGCGAACUAUAUGGAAGACGGGUUUGCUCACAUGGCAAGCCAUGAUGCAUCAUCCACAAACGAAUGGAUACUCGAUUCUGGAGCAAGCCAUACAAUGACUCAUACAAGAUCAAACCUCACCCACUUCAAAAGAUUUCACCAACCUCGCCAAGUCAUCAUUGGGGAUGGAUCGCAUGUAAAAGCACUCGGAAGCGGCACUCUUCACAUACGGACAAACUUGGCUUCUAUUGAUCUGAAGGAAGUCUGGUGGGUGCCUCACCUUAGCACAAAUCUGAUAUCCGUGCGUUCCUUGGACGAUAUGGGACUAGAAGUCAUAUUUGCUGGUGGCCAAUGCAGGAUCCAACGCGACGGUAGAUCGCUUGCUACUGCAAGUCAAAUCCGAUCGAAUCUCUACCAACUUAAUCUGCCCGCCGGCUUGGACAUCUCAAUUUGA